GACCCCCGGACCGCGAGCGACCCUCUGGCCGGGUUAUUACAUCCGUGCCCGUGCUGUAGAUCACUGUGUUCAGGACUUCCUGCUGAAGACACAAAGCCUAUCCAGAACACAGAUCCUAUCUUUAGGUGCUGGCUUUGAUUCUUUGUACUUCCGUCUGAAGGAUAUGGGCCUUCUGCAUCACACUGUGGUAUAUGAGGUAGAUUUCCCAAAUGUGGCAUGCCAAAAAGCUACUCUGAUCAAAGGAAUGAAGGAGUUGUCAACACUGGUGCGAGACACUGGAGGGGAGGGAUUAGGAGCCAUUACCUUUUCUGGAGAGGAUUAUAAAUUACUGGGAGUGGACUUAUCACAGCUGUCUGAGUUGGAGAGAACCCUGGAGGAAGCAGGACUGAACAAUGAAAUCCCCACCCUCUUCAUUGCAGAGGUGGUGCUCACCUACAUGGAGAACACCAGGUCAGAUGCCUUGAUUCAGUGGGCAGCAGAGCAUUUCCCUCAGGCAUGUUUCCUGAUGUAUGAGCAGAUGCACCCAGAGGACCCCUUUGGACAUGUCAUGCAGCAGCAUUUCAGGCAGCUGAACACUGCACUGCACUCACUGGCACAGUACCCUGACUGUGAGGCUCAGCAGAGGCGCUUUCUGGGGAAGGGCUGGACUGAGUGCAGUGUCAUGGAUAUGAAUGAGUUUUUCACCUGUUGUAUUCCAGAAGAUGAGCGGCAAAGGAUGCAGACUCUGGAGCCUUUUGAUGAGUACGAGGAAUGGCAUCUGAAAUGUUCUCAUUACUUUGUGUUGGCUGCAUCAAAGGGGAUGGAACCUUCCUGGACCCCGUUGUUACCCAGUGUGACAGUUCCUCGUCACGCUGGUCCUGUUUGGAUGGCUGGGAGUGUCCCUGCAGCAGUGUGUGCAAGGCUCUCAGGAAUUCCUGGUCUGAGGCGUUAUGGUCACCACUCUGUUCUUAUAAAACCCAAUGUGAUUCUUACCACGGGAGGCUUUGGGGAGGAGCGUGGACAACACUGCCGCAUGAGAAAUUUCAAUGUGCUGAGUAGGCGUGCAGGCUACUGGGAAGCUGCCUGUGUGACACAGAAUAUUCCUGAUAAAAGAUGGGGUGAGAGGUUGUACCAUACCGUAUCUUGUCUCUCAGACACUCUGGCCCUGGUGGUAGGAGGACGAACAUCCCCAUCGACUGCAGGCUUGGGAAUGUUGUGGCUGAAGUUCCCCGAAAACUGUAAUGCUUCAGGUCCAGAUGACAUUGCAGUGGAGCUUGUAAGUCUGCAGCCUGCUGCUGAAGGAGCAGCUUUGCGUUGGAGACACAGCACAACUGAAGUGACCUUCAAAGGUGAGCAGUACUUGUUUGUUUAUGGAGGCCGCUCUGCUCUGGAGCCUGUGCUCGGGGAUUGGUAUUUCCUGCACACUCCAGACCUCUCCUACACUGCGAUUGUUGUUGAGGGUCGAGUCCCAGAAAGCCGCCACUCUCACAGUGCCUGCAGCUGGGAAGGAGGUGUGCUGAUUGCAGGAGGUCUGGGAGCAGCUGAGCAGCCCUUGGGUUCAGUUUUCCUUCUGAGGGAGCUGGAACAUGGCUUUCAGUGGCAGACAAUAGAGACACACCCUCCUCUUGUCCCAAGGUAUUCACAUACUGCACAUGUGCAUGAGGGAAAGCUUCUGCUCGUUGGUGGAGUGUGGUUUCAUGCAUCCUCUGCGCCAGGCAUCACUGUCAUUGACUUAAUGACCGGUCUCUGCUUGGACUAUGUGAUUAAUGUGGAACACCUGGAGUGGCCAUUAAUGCUACACAAUCAUAGCAGUAUCUUUCUGCGAAAUGAGAAGGAGCUGUUGGUUAUUGGUGGCGGUGGAAACUGCUUCUCCUUUGGGACACACUUGAACCCAGAGCCUGUCUCACUGAGCCUCAGCAGCAUCCUGAUCAGUCACUGAAUGAGACCAAGCAGGGCUGAACCAUGCUACUGCACUGUGGGGAUACAUCUAUUCACUCUAGGUCCAAAAGCAGCAUGAUACUUCCACAAAGGCUUUGUAUCCAGAAUGCAUUUGUGAAGGUGGGAUCAGGAGGGACAGUUAAAACAAGGGAUUCACACCUCAGUGUGUGUUGCGUUUUUAUGGCUCUUUGUGUUGCUGUAAAUAAUUUUACCUCAAAAGCAGCUGGCAGCAGUAGUCCUUAGAGGUGAAAAACAGUGUGGUUUGGAUUAGAAGGCGCUGUAAAGAUCAUCCUGUUCCACUCCCCUGCCAUGGGUAAGGAAACCUACUAGACCAGGUUACUCCAAGCCCCAUCCAAUCUGGCCUUGUACACUUUCAUGGAUGGGGCAGCAACAGCUUCUUGGGGCAACCUAUGCCAGGGCCUCACCACCCUCAUGAGGAAGAAUUUCUUCCAGAUAUCCAAUCUAAACCUACUUUGUCUCAGUGAGAAGCUAUUCUCCCUUGUCCAGUCACUCCAGGCCCUUGUAGAUAGUCUCUCUCCAUCUUUCUUGUUGGUUCCCUUCAGGUACUG